AGCCGGCUGGCGCCCCCGGGAGCGCGGAGCGGCGACCCUCCCGCCGCCUUUGUCCGCGCGAGACGCGCGGCCGGAGCCAGGAACGCGCGCCCGCCGCUGUCGGUGACAGCUCCACCCUCCCUCCCUCGACCCUCCGGGGCGGAGGGGCGGUCGGGCCGGGCCCUGAUCGCCCGUGCCUGCAGGUCUGCGCGCGAGGACAGAUGCCCCCGCAACAGGGGGACCCCGCGUUCUCCGGCCGCUGCGAGGCGCCGCCCGUGCCGCCGCGCCGGGAGCGCGGGGGACGAGGGGCGCGCGGGCCCGGGGCGCCGGGGGGCCGGGGGCGCGCGGGCGGCGCGGAGGGGCGCGGCGUCAAGUGCGUGCUGGUCGGCGACGGCGCGGUGGGCAAGACCAGCUUGGUGGUGAGCUACACCACCAACGGCUACCCCACCGAGUACAUCCCCACCGCCUUCGACAACUUCUCGGCUGUGGUGUCCGUGGACGGGCGGCCCGUGAGACUCCAGCUUUGUGACACGGCCGGUCAGGAUGAGUUUGACAAGCUGAGGCCCCUCUGCUACACCAACACCGACAUCUUCCUGCUGUGUUUCAGUGUGGUGAGCCCCUCGUCCUUCCAGAAUGUCAGCGAGAAAUGGGUGCCGGAGAUUCGCUGCCACUGCCCCAAAGCCCCCAUCAUCCUGGUGGGGACACAGUCCGACCUCCGCGAAGAUGUCAAAGUGCUCAUCCAGCUGGACAAGUGCAAAGAGAAGCCCGUGCCGGAAGAGGCGGCCAGGCUGUGCGCCGAGGAGAUCAAAGCCGCCUCCUACAUCGAGUGUUCCGCCUUGACUCAGAAAAACCUCAAAGAGGUCUUUGACGCGGCCAUCGUGGCCGGCAUUCAGUACUCGGACACACAGCAGCAGCCAAAGAAGUCUAAAAGCAGGACUCCAGACAAAGUGAAAAACCUCUCCAAGUCCUGGUGGAAGAAGUACUGCUGUUUCCUAUGAUGCUGGCGAGAGGCCCAGCCGAGGCCACUUUCACAUGAAAUCCAUGUUAGAAGCUAUAUUAGCUGAAACGACAUGUUUUACCGUGUAGGGCCUGUACAGAGAAUGUGAGCGCUUUGGUAGUCUGAGUUGCCGAUGUCCGUGUUCUCUCUUGCCUUUAGUUUCCUCGUUCGGUUGAGCGUAGGGAUGAAAUACGUAUGCAGGAUAUUUUUGAAGGGAGUUAAGACUUUUUCCUGACUCUGGAAUUGAGCGCCCUAGAACUCUGGAUUAAUUUAUCCCGAAUAGAGAAAAGGCACCUUCAAGAAGUGGAUGUCGAAAAUGAAAUUUCACUAUACUAGAAAGUACAGAAGAACAAAGGUGGGGUUGUCUGGUUACCCCUCUCUUAAUUAAGGGCUACUUAACGCACAGAGCUGUGUGUACAUGGGUCAGCCAUGCUGAGGACAGCUGUCAGCUUUGAAACUCCAUGCAAACUCUACCUUUUUUCUUUCUUUAUGAGCAAAAAAUAUGAGGAAAACAGGAGACCUCUGCCUACAAAACCUCAAACCAGUCACUUCUGUCAUUUCAUAGUUCCCGGGUCCUUAAGGUUUCAUAAAGCAACCAGCAAAACAGCCCACUGUGUAGACCAAAAAGGAAACAUGUUCAUUGGGGUUUUUCCUCCUGAAUCCAGUUUGUGUCGACUCUGUGUGAACACAGGCAAAAUACAGUGCAGUACAGACAAUAGCCAAGGUAGCCAGAAGUCCCUGUGUCUUCUUUAGGGAGCGCCUCGUGCUGAGAUCAGAAUGUGUGUGAUGUUUGCUCUCGCUGCCGUAACAGGUGCACAGAGCUGCCCAAGCCUCAGGUGAGGGGAGCACCAGGGGCCAUCCACCGGGAGUUCUGAAAUUGUGCCAUCUGCAGAGCAGUGAGCACUCCUGAAAAGCCAACAGGAAAUGUUUGUGGGACAUGAAGCGUCUUUUUUCUUAAGUCCGCCAAAACGUAUGUUCAUGUGUACACGCACACACAUGCACUCAGGCACAUGCAUGCACGUAUUGCGUAUGGCUGUAUCUGCGCUGACACAGGUUUACAAACAGAAGAAAGCAUGGCCACAAAGAGCAGGUAUUAGGCUGGUGGCUUCCUCUUGAAGACUUGCUUGAUAUACCCUGGAUAUGAUUUUAAUUUACAUAAUUUUGAGGCCAUCUUAAAAAUAAAAUUAAUACCUUUGAAUCCCGUUAAAGCAACUGAUUCAGUUCACUGAUGGCUCUCAGGACACUGGCUACUGGCUGCUGAGGGGCCGUGGAGGGUCAGGCAUGGCAGGCCAGGGACACACCCGGUCAGGGCCCUCACUGUCCCAUGCUUCCUCACCAUGGACAGCCAGGAGACAAGUCUGUAACGUGUUCCUCAAGGUGGCAGUUUUUAGGGCUGAACCUUGGGUACAAAGUGCCACAUCAGAAAGAGUGGGUGACCCGCGAGAGGUGUGCCUCUGAGAGGCCGCACAUGAGUGGAACCCUUGUGAAGUUAACAUUGUCAAGCCUGCAGGAGUGACACAGUCACCAAAAUCCCCUCAACACCUAGGGAAGUCUCCGAAAAGCCAGGGGAGAGGAGAAGUUUAUCUUAGUGAGCUUUGGGUUGCCUUUUUGUUUAUAUUUAAAAAAAAAUUCAACUUGUGUUUUUCUAUAGAAAAAGUGGAACAAUCAGUUCAUACCUUAGGUUAAGUGCUGCUUUUAUUUCUGUUAGUAAAAUCAAACAAUUUAUUUAACAAAGGUUAGUCUUUAAACCACUGAAAUACAUAAACAAUUUGCCAUUGAUUUUCCAGCAUGUUAAAACUGACACCAGUCGUUGUUUCACAAAGCAUUUAGUUACAGCCUGAGUGGAUGAAGUGGAUUCAUCUGUGGAAAUACUUAAGACAUGCAUUCCGGUCUUGCAGUGUGCCUGGCUCACCUGUCUGUGAGAGGCCAGGCUUCCCAGGCUGUCCUGGUGGGCAGAGGUGAGGGGAAGAGGGUUGAAUUCUUCAGCUGAGAAGUAAUUCUAAACACUGUAUUAAAGGAAAUGUCGUGGGGUACAAUGCAAAUUCCCUUUCUAAGGUAGGACACAAAACUUGAAAGAGUUUGUAUGCAUAUGAUGGUGUAGGGGGCUGCAAUUGGUCAUCCUGGGGGAGGCCCUUUGGCCCCCUCAGCUUUCCAACCACAGGUAAAAACAGUGAGGGGCACUGUGUGACCCCAUUCUGAAAGCUUUACUCAGUUUAUUUUUAACCAGCUUAAUAAAACCUGGCACUAGUGCUCAAAAUCUAGGGAGUUGAGCUUAUAUGCAACUGUUCAACAUGCUGCCACAUUUUCUAGGAUAGCAAAGGUACUUGAACUUUUCUUCCACUCUUUAUUUCCUUAUGAGAACAGGGAUUGGGGCUGAAAAUUUUUGUGUGCUUGAGUUAAAUAUAAAGUUGUUUUACCUCAAAGCUGAAAACAUGUUAAACUUGCAGCGAUGAUUGUACGAAAGAGUUGUGCUUUAGCGAAUACCACUUUGGCUUCAUGUCAUAAUUUAAAAAUUUAACGUGUCCCUAAGCUGAUAUCACUUUUUACCAUGUUUGUAGAAGUGGAUCUUUUGCGACCUUGUUCUCUGAUUGACUAAGACUGACACAAGCCAAAACAAGGACAAGGUCUUCUCUCCAGACUCUCUGUAACCUGGUGGCCUUACCAAGUUGUAAUUCUAUGUUUUCAAGUGUAAAUGAUGUGGGGCAGAAUGUUGUACUUCAAAAUGCUAUCAAUGAGGUGUAUGAAAUAAAUCCUGACUUAUGGCAGUA